CAACAUUCCACCUCUGACCAUGCAUGCAGACUGUGAGUGUGGCGCUCAAGGCAGCUCCCUCUCUCACCUGGAGUAAAUCACCAGCCUCUCAUGCCUUUAUCUCUCCUGGACUGGGGAAAGUAACACAUUGUAGUGAUGGUGUCCCAUCUCACGUGUCUUCUUCUGCUGGGAUUGAUCGGCAUUUCCAAGAAGUCUGAAGGUUUGCCUUUCAAUAGCAGCUUGAAGGAACCUUUCCAGAUCCCCAACAUCACUGGGUUUUUCUCCUGGAAUAACUACAGCCUGGCUGACUGGCAGAGCUUUGUGGGCAAGAAACGCUAUGGAGCAGAAUCCCAAAACCCCAUGGUGAAAGCCCUGCUUAUCGUGGCUUAUUCCUUCAUCAUCUUCUUCUCUCUGUUUGGGAAUGUGCUUGUCUGCCAUGUGGUUAUCAAGAAUAAGAGAAUGCAUUCAGCAACCUCCUUAUUCAUCAUAAACUUGGCAGUGGCUGACAUAUUAAUAACUCUCCUCAACACGCCUUUCACCUUGGUAAGGACUUCGAUUAACACAAAACUCCUUUAGCAGAACUAUAAUAUGCUUUAACAUGUGCUUCGUAUACUGUGUACUUGCAUAGACGACUAUCCUUGGAAUCAGAGCUGUGAUGGUGUGUUUUUAAAUGUACAUUUCUACUGAAUAUCUUCUUGAUGGUGUCAGACCAUGGAAGCAUUUGUAGAAAUAAAUAUUGAGGUUUAUUAUGUAUGAUAGAAUUGAGACCAAAAGAGCCCUAUCCAGGUUUAAUAUUCCAGUUAUAAAAUGUAUAGAUCAUGGGCAAAAAUCUGGGGGGAGAAUUCUUAAUUAGGCACUAAUAUACGAAUGACUACAAGGCCCAUCAUCCUUGGGAUAGUAAUGACAUUUUGUAUCAUUUUGAACAUUGGGGAGACUGCAACAGCUGGAGUUUCAGUGUCGGUAUAACUUUAUUACAUUAACAUUAUUACACUCAGGUUACAUCAGUUCUGCUCACUUUCUGUGUCUCUCCACCUUUUACUUGGGUCUAUAUACUGUGCUGUUGAAUACCAGGUAAGUGAACACAGGGUUGGCACUCAGAGGGUUAAAUACUUAUUAUGUAUAUAUAUAAACAAAAGGUAGGAUAUCUGUCCAAACAGUGAGUCAAUCAUAAAUGAAUACAUAACUUGACUUUAUGUCCCUUCUUAGAUUAGGAGUUAGGGAGACCUGUUUUAAUUUGAUGUGGAUAUUUAUACAAUUAAAGUGCUACCUUCAUGUUUAUAUCAGCAACAUAUGUCACGGCUUUGUACAAUGAGUAACUAAAGAUACAAGUAGUUUGGGCUGUUUGUGGAUUCAGAAUUCCCAAACUGUCUAUUAUGUUUCAGGUGGAGAACAGCUAUAGAAAAGCCAGGAGAGCAGAUUCCUGGUCUUCAGAGCUUGCAUGCUGCGUAUAUCUUAAUGGUAGGCAUAUGCAAUUCAUAGAACUCUUACUAUUAUGUUUCCCAAAUCUCAUCAUCCUAACUUGAAAAAAAAUAAAUGUCUAACUGACAAGUCACCACCACUCUGUCCCCAAAUAUCUGCUUCCAGGUUGUUAAAAAAGUAACAGGGCCACCACUUCACAGACUGCUAAAUACACACACAGUCCGCUAAAUACACACACACACAAACAUACACACAGUCCGCUGAAUGUGGGGGGUGGUGGUGAUGUGUGUGUGGAGAGGUAGGGGUGCUGUGUGUGUGGAGGUAGGGGUGCUGUGUGUGGGGGGGGUAGGGGUGCUGUGUGUGUGGGGGGAUGGGGUGCUGUGUGUGGGGGUAGGGGUGCUGUGUUUGGGGGUAGGGGUGCUGUGUGUGAGGGGUUAGGGGUACUGUGUGUGUGGGGUUAGGGGUGUUGUGUGUGGGGGGGGCUGAAGACACAUUACUUUUUUUUAUUUUUUUUAAACAUAUUGAAUCAGUAAACCCCCCCCCCCACCUUCUUCUUACCUUUGGUGAAGGGGAGGGGGGGAACACAGCCAUCCCUGGUGGUCCGGUUGUGUGUAGGACAGGAGUACAGGUCCUGCAGCUCUCCUGCCUGUCCUCCCGCGCGAUGCUAUGUGGAGCGUUGCCAUGGUAACGCGUGGCAACGCACCACACAGCUCGUUGGGAGGACAGGCAGGAGAGCUGCUUCCUAGAUGCCCCCCCCUGCUUCCGGUCCUGCCGCACGGAAGCAGAGUAGGCGCCUGCCGUUUUGGGCAGGCAGGUGCCUACUCAGCAUUGAUGAGGAACCUAUGUCCGCGUGUCCACGGAGAGGGCCUGGCGUGCCAUAGGUUCGCCAUCACUGCCAUAAGGCAUUUCAGCUUUCUAAAGUGCUUUAUCGGUGAGGAGUAUCCUAUUUUAACCCCCAUUUAUAAAACUGAGAAAUCAACACUUGUAUAAUUUAAUUAUGGAACAGCCCCCCCAGCUGUCAGGGGAGAUAACGGAAGUGGCAGGUGCUUGCCGCCUCACCCACACACCUCCAGCACCUCCACAGGCCUCAGACCCACUGGGAAACUCCACGCCUCCACAGGCCUCACCCACGGGGAAACUCCGUGCCUCCACUGGCUUCAGAACAGACGUUCGAGCAAGUGCGCACUAGCGCGCACACAGAUUGAGAGGUGUUACAGUGUGAGAUCUGGCUAAGGAUGCAGUUCAUAAGAGCUGCAGCUUUUGCAAGCACUUUUAAGAUAUAUCCCCAUUGAAUACAGGUAUGAAAAUUGCAUUUAUUCACUGAGAGUAUAUGUACUAAGUAGUGAUUUAUGUUUUAUAUAAAAAACAAACAAAAAACAAUCGUUUAAGCCUGCUACUCAUACAGGGGAAAGGGGGCAUUUAAUGGAUCUGCCAUGCCAAGAAUGAGGAAAUCAGUGUUAGUGUCAUGGCAGAAGCUGCUUGUCUAAAUGUUUGUAUUUGUCAUUAUACGCAGAGUUGUAAAUUUGUGCAACUGAGUAGAUGCACGUGUCCACCUUUUAGAGUUUGUCACUAAACCCAGCAGCUCUACACCAGCAGCUCUGGAUUCUCUCCCAGGUGAAAGGAUGCUACACAUGCAAACACACAUUUUGCUGCCCCCCAAAAUGAGUCUUUGCCUGUGUGUCUUACAACCCCCCUUUUGUCCCUCUUACCCAACCUUUUUGCCCCUUUUGUGUCUUUUUCCCCAUUUUAAGGAUUAUAUCCACCUUUUGUGUUUUUAUAUCCCCUUUGUGGCUUCUUUUGUGUCUUAUCCACCCUUUUAAAUCUCACCCCCUUUAGUGUAUAUUAUGAUCUUUGUGCCCCUCUUGCGUUUCUUCCCCACUUUGUGCCUUUUAACUUCCCUCUGUCUCUUUUGCUCCCCCGUACAUCAAGCAGCUUUGUGUCAGAUUGGGUAGAGGAAGAAGAAAACCCUCUACCACGGUACAGAUAGUGACAGUCAAUAGGGGGGAGCUCUGUGUACCCUAACCUGCCAGUCCCUUUAAAACCCUUUAAAAUCAACCCACCUUUACUGUGGCACCAAUCUGUCUGAUUGUGUUCCAGAGCACAUGAAGUACAAGGAACUAUGAGGGUCAUUUUUAAAGUUAAAAUAGCCAAACUGGAUAAAUUCUGUAAAUCAGCGAUGUUUCCCUUUGGCCUUAAAUUUGAAAAUCACUUUGAAUUGACAUUGAAUUCUCACUUUAGUAAAUAAGCCUGUACAUUCUCCCCAAACCAUUUCAGGUAAAAUAGUUGUUGGUCAUUUUUGUCACUGUUACAGAUUGGGUUUGUUCAUUAUCUAGUCAAAUAUAAGUGAUCGACUCUAUCUUUGUGCAAACUUGGCUGUCAAUAGAGAAAUUUAAAAAAAGUUUUUAUUUGUUAAGUACCGUAUAUACAUUUUUUGUGCUGAAAAAACCCCACUUGUCUUAUACUCGAGUCAAUGUCUGUAUUAUGGCAACUUAUAUUGCCAUAAUACAGACCAGGACCGCCGGGCUCAUUACAAGCCCAGCGUUCCUGUUGGGGGCUGGCAGAGAGCUGUUACUUACCUUUCCUGCAGCUCCUGUCAGCUCCCUUCACCUCCGUGCCGGUCAGCUCCCUUCUCCUCCACUGUAAGUCUCGCGAGAGCCGCGGGGUAAGAGCGUUGCCACGGGUUAAUGCCACUGGACCACCAGGGAAUGAGAGCCCCCCUCCCUGGCCAGCUAACAAGCAGGGAGGGGGGACAAAAAAAUAUAAAUACAAAUUUAAAUAAUAAUAUAAUAAAACAUUUAUAAUAUUAAAAUAAAAUAAAAAUAAUAAUAUUAAAAAAACACAAAAUUUAAUAUUAAAAUAAUAAUAAUAAUUAAAAAAAAAAUGCCCACCCCCCCACCAUGGUUACACACUCUGCAUUACACACUGCAUUCAUACACACACACACACUGCAUUCAUACACACACACUGCAUUCAUACACACACUGCAUUCAUACACACUACACACACUGCAUUCACACACACACACUCUGCAUUAUAUACACACACACUGUAUUCAUUAUAUACACAAAAUAAAUAUUAAAUUAAUGUAAUUUUUUGGGGGAUCUAAUUUUAUUUAGAAAUUUACCAGUAGCUGCUGCACUUCCCACCCUAGUCUUAUACUCGAGUCAAUAAGUUUUCCCAUUUUUGGGGGGUAAAUAUUAGGGGUCUCGACUUAUAUUCAGGUCGACUUAUACUCGAGUAUAUACGGUACUGGUACUUAAUUAAAAAAAAAUAAUAAUUAAAAUAAGAAAUACUCAUUCUAACAAAGUAUUCAAUAAAUAGCCUUUUUUUUCUGCUAUACCCUUGGUGCAAACCAUUACACACUGCACAUGGCUAUGAAUACCCCCUAGGGACCCACAUGAUAUGAGCAGCCAGUGUGAACAGGUAGGUUAACGGUAAGUAGGUACAGGCAGGUAAACAGGUAGGUUAAUGUGAUGUUAUCCUCCAGGGAACCGAGGAAAAAAUUGUCUUGUCUUGAUUUUUUUUCCUACCUAAUUAAGUUCCCAGAAUCCCAGCCUAUCACAUGACAUAUCACUGGAAAACCCAGGCUGUCCGCUUUACAAUACAGCAGGGAUUGAUAGAGUAGCUCAAAAUAAUAAAAGGAGAUGCAUGUGAAUGAAAUGUCCAGUACAAAGGACACAAGUUAAUGGGCUGGGUCUCAGGAGGAUGUGUGGGCAAAGCCCAUGUGAGGUCUGGUGGGACAAAUGACAGCAGUGUUCUAGCGUUAAUCCCAGCACAUAAUGUGAGCCAACAACUACACUCACAUAUCUGGCACUUCGAGGGUUAAUUGUCUAGCCAUUACAGAUGGCAGCGUGAGGUUUAAGGCAGCAUUAGAAGAUGACUUUACAAAGUGUUAAAAUAUAAUAAAUAUUAAAUACUGUGAGAUUACUAAAAGUCAACGUAGGAUUUAAAAAUUUUUUCUGUAUAAGUCAUCUAUAAAUCUAAAACCGAUACCUAAUAUUCUUACAAUGCUCCCAAACCAGGGCAUUUAACUCCUGAUGGCUGUGAACGUGCUGCCUGCACUUUAAGGCUCCUUGUGCUAAUAUAUAGUAUGUUUACCUAGAACAUUAAUAAUAUAGAUCACCUUUUUAUUACUGUCAGCCCGUGCUUCUUCCAGCUUGGUAUUUCAUUACUGUCUGCCAUUUGCAUUUAUGUCAUUCCUGAACAUUUAGACACCUUCUCUAGCCCAUAGCUUGUCUGCAGCUCAGUCUAGGAAUAGAAAAUUCUUAUAUAUCAGGGUAUUGUUUGUGAAGGGGGCUGGGUUGUGGGGUCAAUAUUUCUAGUAAUAAAUGAAAACAUAUUCGCCAAAAAUCACUAAAUAUGGAAGAACCAGCAGAAACACAUUCAAUUGAGUCCUAUGGGAUGCUUUUAUUGAAUAAGAUCAAUGAUUCGACCUUGACGGACACAGAUUUUAUCUUGUUUCGAAUUUCCAUUCAUUUUGGUUUUCUGCAAUAUUUAUGCGUUAAGCGUACAAAUCUCAUGAAAGUUAAGAGGGUUUCCUAAUCAGAUUUCUCAGAAUGAAAUAACACAGGAAAAGGCUAGGGAAUGACUGCUACGUCUGUAUUUCUUUUAAUCGAAAGCUUGGAUUUCUUCAUGUUGAGAUGUUCUAUUUCCGUUUAUAAUAAUUCACAUUAUAAUUCACUGGGAGUUGGAGAUGCUGAAAUCCCAUUCAGGAAGAAACGUAAGGGCUGAUCAAAAGGAUAAAGGCAACGAAAGCGAACCUUUAGAUCCCCAGCUGUUGUUGACAAAAUGCUCUCAAUGUCUGGAUGAGUUCUGAUUGAAUGUUAUAUGUUGACCGGGAUGGUAAAUGAAGUCUGAAAUGUUACUUUGAUUUAGGAGUUUAUUCAUUCAAGAGUGGACCCACAAGGUGAGAAUCUUAAAUUGCUAGCAGAAUUAUCAUCUUGAAUAUUUACCAUAAUGUUAUAAGACACCCGAGCCAAAAUAGCCAGCAUACCAAUAGGGAGAGGAGCUAGAAGGGCACCCCAUGUGAAUCUGAGCUAAAGACGGAACGUUUCCCCCACUGAACGAGGUCCUGAGCCAGAUGCUCUAUUACGGGGCCCCAUUGGGAUUUCCCCUAAGGCAAGGCUCUUACCCUUAUUGCUCUACACCAGUGGCCCUGUGACAACACGCACUCCCUCAAGGGACUCAAUGCAAACCAUAACCAACCAGCCAGUGUUUAGAUACGCUGGCCUACUUGUGAAAUCAAGCCUACUCCUGACUGCCUACCCACAGUUUAUUGUCAGUUAAAGCCUGUCGGCUUGGUAAUGUCAAUGUUUACUCUAUCCCGAAGUGCACUCAGUGGCAAACCGGGAAAGAUACCCUCUGUACAUCUUUGCUUACCACCUGCGCUGUGUGGUUCGCCCUCCCCCCCUCCGCCCCCUGUGAAUAUACUCCGUCCCUUGCUGAGGGGGGGGAGGUAUGACUGGCAUACACGCGGGGGGAGAGGUGGGCUUAUUGGGGGGGGAUUGACACAUGGAAAGGUAACAGGGGAGGGGGGAAGGCAGGGGACAGGUGGCAGAACGUAAGGCAGAGGGGGAUGGGAGGACAGGGGACGAAUACCCCAAGACACCGCCUAAAGGCACCAGGGAGGGAGAGGGGGGACAUACGAGGAAGGGGGGAAGGGGAGGAGGGGGGGGGAGAAAAAGACCCCAGACGACUAAUCUAAGGAAGACUAAGCGACAGCCCAUAGGUUGACCUACACACGACCACCCCUAUCGGACCCCAGAGGGAAAGUUGGGACCCAGCCCGCCGCAUAGGCCGCACACUGCAACACACGCUCGCCUAGCCGCAGAGCGGCCCCUGCUAUGGCCUAUAACACUGACGCCACUAUAGCGGCGGAGACCCAACACACCAUAGUAGGGGCAGCCACACUGACACGCCGAAGUGAUAGGACGCACAGAGACCACGCCCCGAGCACACAGGACCCACACUCCCCUCACAACCAUAUGACCGGAGAGAAACGAGAGAUCAAGGGUCGACGCAUGCCCUGACACUAAAGACCACCCACCCAGAAACCACACCUGCAGGACACUACUUGCAGACCACACCAGCAGAGCUAAACCCCACCAGACACACAGCUACAACUUGCAUGCCCCCAAGCAGGGACUCACAAACCGUGACCACGCCCGCGACAUGACACACUGGUCGAGUGACACCACUGCAGCGCAGAGCGCUCAGCCAACAGAGAAAUACGACGCACUACAGCCAACAUGACCCGCAUACACCGACCCGCAUACGUACUAUAAAGAACGGACGGAGCGGCUGCUCCAGCCACAUAGCCACCAAGGAGACAGGUGACUACAUACCACGUAUCGUACACGGUACCACACUCCACACCUACACGGAAUCGCGGACGCCUAAGGGCGGCCCGAACUUACUCGGACGUAUAACCCGACCCCCCCCCACAGGCAUAGGACAUAAAAGUCCCCACUUAGCAGGGGACGAACCACUCCCGACACCAACACAGGCACACCACUGGGUGUGACCUGGAGGCCGAACACUCGGGACGCUUGUCCGAUUUCCUUUACACACGUAAAGACUAAAUAGACAGUAAUUACCUACACAGCCACAUUCUGUACCCGGACGCACCGCUGACUGCACCAAAUAACACACGUAUACACUUUUAAGACCUGCCACCUCGCCCCCUCGGUCCCGCCCGGACGAUGCCGACGCCGGGAUCCAGCGGAUUCGCCAGGGAGGACCUAUGCAUAGUCUCCUAUAAUGUCCACGGCCUGAACGUCAGAGAGAAACGCACAAGACUACUGCGUGACCUGAAACAUUAUAAGGCUUCGAUAGCAUUCCUCCAGGAAACACACUUCCAGGAAGGUAGGGCACCUGCCCUGAAAGACCGUAACUUCCCAACGGGAUACUUCAGCCACAACCCAGACAGACGCUCGCAGGGAGUAUGCAUCCUCUUUUCACGACGAGUCCCGUACAUGGAGCGAGCCACCGUAAGAUGCAAGCACGGCAGAUACCUUUUCACAAAAGGCACAAUCCUAGACCAAACGUAUACGUUCGCUAAUGUGUACGCUCCGAACACUAAACAAUAUCACUUCCUACGCGAUACAUUGAACACUCUGAUGAAAUUCGCAGAGGGCACCUUGGUCAUAGGCGGAGAUCUCAAUCUAGCGAUCCAUCCAGACCAGGACUCAACAUCCCCGCAUGGGAACACACCACACAACAGGCAUGCCAACACCCUCCGCCUCCUACACCUCCACCAGCUCGCAGACUGUUGGCGGGCAUUACACCCCUCCACCCGGGACUAUACGUUCUACUCUACGACCCACUCGACCUAUACAAGACUGGACUACUUCCUGGUACCUCACCACACCCUAACCCUGCUCACCACCGCGGAAAUCUUACCUAUGACAUGGUCGGACCACAGCCCAAUCCGCAUACGACUGAAAUCACCACUACAUAAACCCAGACAAAUGUCAUGGCGACUGAACGAAUCACUCCUAUCAGACAUCGCGGUUGUAGACCAGAUCCAUCAACGCAUCCAGGUGUACUUUGAAGACAACGAAACGGGGGAUGUUACCCCACUGACGUGCUGGGAAGCGCACAAAACGGUUAUUCGAGGCCAGCUCAUCGCGAUAUGUGCGACCCGCAAGAAGAGGGACGAUACAUGACCUCAGCACGGAAAUUGAGAUGUUAGAGGCCAGACACAAACGCACCUUAGACGCGACGACCUACGAGGACCUACUGUCCAAACGGAACCAACUUACCACACACCUGAACCGCGCAAUCCAACGCUCAUACCAACAUUAUAAACAUGUGAUCCAUGAACACGGGGACAAAUGCGGGAGACUGUUAGCGAAUCUCCUGAAGCAACGCAGGAACCAUCUAUAUAUCCGGAAAAUCAAGGACGCACAACAACAACUCAGACACUUACCGGAACAGUUUUCGGCAGCAUUCCAUGCGUACUACCAAAACUUAUACGGCCUCCGACACACCGCUCCGGAGAUGCCAAGAACCCAAAAACUAGAGGACAUUCGCAGAUACCUGGAUGCAGCUGAUAUACCGGGAAUAGGGGAAGUAGACCAGGAAGCACUAGAAGCCCCCAUAACCCCAGAGGAGCUAGCGCAAGCCAUCAAAAAAGCAAAAACGGGCAGAGCACCAGGACCAGAUGGCCUACCCCUCCAAUAUUAUAAAACCUUUGCAGGGGACCUAAUACCGAAACUCUUGGCGGCACUGAACUCGGCCCAGGACGGGGCCACACCAACGGCCCAAUUCACCUCGGCGAACAUUACCCUCCUUCCGAAGGAAGAUAAGGACCGGACACUAUGCCCAAGCUAUCGCCCGAUCUCUGUACUGAAUACGGACCUCAAAUUACUGGCGAGUGUACUGGCGGCACGCCUGGCACCGUUACUACCGGCCGUAAUCCACCCGGACCAAACAGGUUUCAUACCUGGCAGGGAGGUACGGGACAACACUAUCAGAGCCCUGAACCUCAUAGCACAGAAGAUCCCAGCCCUACUCCUGUCUACUGAUGCUGAAAAAGCGUUCGAUAGGGUGGACUGGGACCUGAUGUUCGAAACUCUCCGCUCCCUCGGCAUCGGGCCCAAUUAUAUGACAUGGGUGCAGACACUCUACACCAACCCAAUGGCGCGCAUCCGGAUAAAUGGCGCACUGACAGACCCGUUUCAGAUCUACAACGGCACCAGGCAGGGAUGCCCGCUCUCGCCCAUACUCUUUGCACUGACACUGGAGCCCUUCCUCAACAAGAUCAGACACAACGCAGACAUCCGGGGACUGACAGUCAGAAACGUGCACCACAAAACGCUGGCGUACGCGGAUGACAUGUUGUUCGUGGUUACGGACCCGGAGACGUCCCUUCGAGCGAUCCAGACGGAAUUCGACGUGUAUGGCAACAUCUCGAAACUCCGAAUUAACUACACAAAAUCGGAGAUACUAAACAUAACUACCAGCCAAACCAUCAAACGCGUGAUUCAGGAACAACACUCCUACCGCUGGCGUGACCAACGCAUGAAAUAUCUGGGAAUAUGGCUUACGCCCAAUCCGGUAGACCUCUACACCCACAACUACCUCCCGAUAUUGAGAAAGGCAACGGAGGAACUACAACGAUGGGGCUCCUACUACAUCUCCUGGCUGGGCAGAGUGAACGCGGUGAAGAUGACGCUACUGCCGAAACUACUCUUCAUAUUUCAAACGGUGCCGAUAAAAGUCCCACGAACAUUCUUCUCGACACUUAAGACGGAGGUCCGCACCUUUAUUUGGAAGGGCAAAUCCCCACGCAUAGCGCACACCCAACUGAUCUUACCCAAGCUCCGGGGGGGCUUAGCACUCCCAGACUUCGAAAAGUACUACCACGCAGCACACAUCACCAGGGUCAUCAGCUGGUCGAUAGCCAGCGGCACCAAGCAGUGGCCACAACUAGAAGCUGGCAUAACCAACUGCGACCUCAGAACCCUACCGUGGAUCACCAAGGCAGCAUAUAGGAGCAAACGCAUCACCAACCCAUUCGUGGCAGCGACCAUGCAAGUGUGGCAUGGGCAAGGCACGAAACGAUACCUCACCACGGACCCAGGCCCGCUCCUACCCAUGAAGGGUAACCCAGAUUUUCCGGCUGGAGACUACGGCCCAACGCUGGGCCCAGCAAGACGCAAUACGAUACCCCGCAUAAAAGACGUUCUCCACCAACCAUUUGACAUCCGGCCACUGGAAGAACUAUACCCAGACAGGCCGCACACAUUUGCCCACGCCCUAGCAAGAACGCAAAUUACUCAAUAUGCUAGAUCCAUCCCGCAAAAACCUUCCCUACUGAGAGACUUAACGCAAUUUGAACUUCUAUGCACGCAGGACAGGGAACCUCCUCGUGCCAUCUCACAAAUCUACACUAUCUUAAUCACGAGCAGAUACCUACUAGCACCCCCGUGCAUCAGAAAAUGGGAGGAGGACCUUGAGGAACCUAUGACAGACGCGGACUGGGACAAGAGCAUUACCCUAAUACAAAAGACACCGAGCUCGGCACGCUCCCAAGAAAACUCGUACAAGAUCUUUACUAGAUGGUAUCUGACGCCGACGGCGCUACACGCCAGAAACCAGGAACUCGAAGACACAUGCUGGAGAUGCGGGGAGGAAGCUGGUACGUUUAUACAUAUAUGGUGGACGUGCACUCGCAUCAGACCGUUCUGGGACAGAAUUAGGACAAUCAUACACGAGGUCACGGAGGAGCUCCUGCCACAGUCCCCAGCCGCCUUCCUCCUACACCACACCACCAUGGCGACACAAACAUACAAGAGAUCGGCUAUCCCUCGACUUCUGAAUGCAGCUAAGGUGACCAUCCCCAUCUUCUGGAAACAGACCAGCACACCUCCCAUAAAGAGGUGGAUAGAGGAGGUGGAAGCCACGAGAUCAUUCGAGGACUUGAAAGCAGAAACCCCGAACCUCAGGGACCGAUAUACCAAACGCUGGUUCCACUGGAUGAGACUGAUCUCGUCAGACUCCUUCCGGCACCAUUUAACCACACCGUAACUAGUGGCAGGAGGAAGGGACCCAGGGAGACACAGGAGGCGAAAAGAUGACGACGGGGCACAACGGGCCGGGCGGGGGACAGGGGGCGGGACACAGGACACAUGGCCCACCCGACCCGAUCCCACACACAGACGCCACAGCGACUGCCACUGCUGACUAAGACAGCCACGACGCCCGCAGACAUGACGGCAUACACGUGCCACACACAUAACCACCGGCCAGGCCGCAACCGCUCGAGGGAUGGCUAGGUAUACAGCCCUCGCAUGAACAGAUGACAGAUAACACGCCGCACACUAGACCCACCACCUUGCCGCACCCUACCUCUGGACGAACAAGACAUAGAAUGACUACAAAAUCAGGUGACAGACCAGACAAUGGAGUCACGAAGACAGAGGGCCAAAGGUGUCAGACACACCACUCGAAGUAACACACGAUCAUACAUGCACGACACAGACACGAGAGACCACGAAUCACAUACACGCAGACCAUGCCAACAGACCGCUCCACAUCAUCGGACACCACUGCAGGACAUAUACGAGACGUCAAAUACGACAGCAGAGAACUCAUACUCUGACGUUAGGACAUGACAGAGUUGUUAACCUCGCGACAUAGACACAAGUCGAUGGACAUUUAAGCCGGAGAGGAGGGGAAGACAUAGCCGACACAACACUGAACGUAACCCAAGCAACACACAUCACACGUGCGACAUGCACACAACGGAGGAGACGCAACGAAUGACCCAACUCACGUGAACAACGCCAAAGGGCCGACACUAACUACAGCGGCUACAGUAACUGACCACCCCAAAAAGAUACAUUGCUCCAUGCAACAUAGUGAGGGACUACAUCCUACACUAAUAUAGGUAUAGGCAAACACAUACAGAGAAACACCCUAAGGGUCGUUACAGACCUGUUCAAGCACUACCGUGUCGCUCACGGACAAUACCUAACCACUACGCUUCUCCCCAAGAUAUACACCGAUACAGCGACUAUUUAAAUGCAGUUACGCAACACACAACCGGGUCUCGCAAAGGCAACAAGACGCCAGCUAGAUACAAAAUGUUGACUACAACCACAAUGUUUAGGAUGCAAUAAGUUAGUGAGGUUGCCUGUACACCGCACUGUUAUUAGAGCUGACACAUAGUCUGUUCCCCCUACUCUAUAUGCUUACUCUAAAACGACAUACAGGCGCCUAGAGGGUAAAUGCCUAAAAAUGUUACUGUAUUAAACGCUAUACAACAUCUGGCGGGUACACAAAGCCUCUGCGAAGGCCACAACCUGUGAACCUGUUCAUGCAAAUAUAACCGGGCCUCCACGCAGGCACGGACCCGCCACUUUAACACUACGUUUGCAAUGUACUAUGCUAGGAAUCUAACAACUAGAUGCCACGGAUAAGAAUAUAUGGCACAUAGCAACGAAAGGUGAACAACAAUGUCACGCUAAACGGUCCUCUGCGCAGGCAACCGAAUGUUUCCACCGUUAUAAAUUGAUGCUUAAGCCCCUGCGCGGGCAAUCACUUGCUUCGUUAUUUGACAAAACAGUUUGAUACAUGCAUCCAUGUUAUGAAUACAAUAAAAAUAUUUAAAACCAUAAUGUUAUAAGACCCUUGCCUUGGUGACAUCAUCAAAAGUGCCGCUUUUUAGUCAAUCCAAUGCUUUCCCAUGGGGAAAUAUAUGAGGAAAUUUCAGCGUCUCCAUGCAGAGCGUGGGGACGCUGAACGGCAGGGCUGCUUACUGUGCAGCCCUGGGCCAGGAAGCCCUUCCAGUAGCCAUCUGAGUAGUGGCCACUUGGAGGUGUCCCUAGGGGCAAUGUAAACACUGCCUUUUCUCUGUAGGGAGCUAUUAUACUCACCAGCACAACUACAUUAAGCUGUAGUUGUUCUUGUGACUAUAGUGUCCCUAACAAAAAACACAUUUUCUACCUGCAGCACCCUCCCCUCACACACAGCACCCCCUCACAAACAGCACUCCUCGCCCCACACAGCACCCCCCACACAGCACCCCUAUUCCCCACACAGCACACCUCCCCCCUCACAUACAGCACCACCCCCACACACACAACACUCCUCCCCCCACACAACACCCCCUACCCCCAACACACAACACCCCCACACACAAAGAACUCCUCCCCCCACACAGCACCCCCCUCACACACACAGCACAUCCCACUCACACACCGCACCCCUCACACACACAGCAACCCUCACACACACAGCACUACACACACACACUGCACACCUCAAUGCAGUAUGUGUGUGUAUUCAGCAGUCUGUAUGUAUUCAGCAGUCUGUGUGUGUGUGUAUUCAGCAGUCUGUGUUUGUGUGUAUUCAUUUAGCAGAUUGUGUGUAUGUAUUUAGCAGUCUGUGUGUACUUAGCAGUCUGUGUGUAAUUGGCUCUCUGUGUGUGUGUAUUCAGCAGUCUCUCUGUAUGUGUAUUCAGCAGUCUGUAUGUAAUCAGCAGUCUGUGUGUGUGUAUUCAGCGGACUGUGUACGUAUUCAGCAGACUGUGUACAUAUUCAGCAAUCUAUGUGUAUGUUUGUGUGUGUGUGUAUUCAGCGGACUGUGUGUAUGUAGUCAGCAGUCUGUCUGUGUGUGUAUUUAGCAGUCUGUAUGUGUAUUCAGUCUGUGUGUAUGUCAGUGUGUGUAUGUAUUCAGCAGUCGGUGUGUGAAUGUGUUCAGCCGUCUGUGACUGUAUUCAGCAGUCAGUGUGUAUGUAUUGCAUUUGUUGGAGAUACUAAUAAAUAUAAGCUUAAUUUUAUCUAUAAUUUAUAUCAUUAUUUAUAAUUUGUAUCAUUGAACUCUCUGUUGUUGUGUUCUUCUUAUAAAUAAAAUAUGUUAAUUAGUUUGGACAACUGUACGAGUUGUUCUUUCUAAACGUAAACCUCAGUAUUCAGGUUUAAUUGCCGUGUUUGCACUUUGAGAAAAAAAACAUUGGAAUAUAUUGCGGCAGUGAUUGCUCAAAAAGGUUCACAAUCACUGCUUUAGAGUAAGAAUGAAGUGGCGGAAUGCUUUGAAAUGUGACAAAGAAAGAAGAAAUAUGUUUUUUUACUUUCACGGACAUUGUAAAUGAAGAAGUGAAUGUAGGGUCAUUGUACACAUUGUGAUUUUGCUAUAGAGUAUAUUGAGCUAUCCACAGGGACUCUGCAUAGGGAUAGGAAUACAAUACAAGAAGGACAUAUAACAAUUGUGAGGAAAAAAUAGCAACUAAAAUGUCAUCCUUAACUGAAAUAUCCAGUGGGGAGAUAUGAAAUAUUAAUAAUUUCACAGUUUCAAUUGUCAGGCUAUCGUUUAAAAAAAAUUAGACUUUGAGUACAUGUAGUACACUAGGUAAUGAUACGUCAAUGACCUCAGUGUUUUCAUUCAAUCACACCCGCAGAAGCAGGACAAAGGAAAUAUUUGUAACAAAGGACUGAAUUCUACCUCAUCACUGUGGCAGAGGAAGGGGCAGAGUCCUGGGAACAGCUCCAGUUUUUGUCAAACAUCUCCCAAAAGGUUUUACUAACAAACAAAAGACCAGCACCCAGUGACUAUACUAUCAUAAAUACUGCACCCAACUGUGAUUGUAUUUACUUAGAGUUACACUUUAAUUUAGAAAACAUUGGGUUUUAAUGCACCACAAUUCAGCAAAAACAAAAACCAAUCACCUAAACUCAGUGCAAAAUCUUGCAAAAAUAUGUUUCAACAUACCAACACAUUUGUAUUGGUAGAUGUAUAUUGCUGGGCAUAUUGGCCGUAUCAAAUGAUAACUAUGGUUUAACUAUGACUGUUUUUUGAGAAUUAUAAUGCAAAUUGUUUGCCAAAAUUUAUGUUGUUCACUCAUACUAUAAAGUAGAGGUGAACAAAAGUUCAUUUUAAGACAAGGACUUACAUAGAAACAUAGAAUGUGACGGCAGACAAGAUCCAUUCGGCCCAUCUAGUCUGCCCAAUUUUCUAAAUACUUUCACUAGUCCCUGGCCUUAUUUUAUAGUUAGGAUAGCCUUAUGCUUAUUCCACGCAUGAUUAAACUCCUUUACUGUGUUAACCUCUACCACUUCAGCUGGAAGGCUGUCCCAUGCAUCCACUACCCUCUCAGUAAAGUAAUAUUUCCUGAUAUUUUUAAACCUUUGCCCCUCUUGUUGUUGUUGUCCUCUUGUUGUGGUAGUUUUUCUUCUUUUAAAGGACCACUAUAGUGCCAGGAAAACAUACUCGUUUUCCUGGCACUAUAGUGCCCUGAGGGUGCCCCCACCCUCAGGGACCCCCUCCCGCCCGGCUCUGGAAGGGGAAAGGGUUAAAAACUUACCUUUUUCCAGCGCUGGGCGGGGAGCUCUCCUCCUCCUCUCCCCUCCUCCUGGCUGAAUGCGCACGCGCGGCAAGAGCUGCGCGCGCAUUCAGCCGGUCGCAUAGGAAAGCAUUUACAAUGCUUUCCUAUGGACGCUUGCGUGCUCUCACUGUGAAAAUCACAGUGAGAAGCACGCAAGCGCCUCUAGUGGCUGUCAAUGAGACAGCCACUAGAGGAUUAGGGGGAAGGCUUAACCCAUUCAUAAACAUAGCAGUUUCUCUGAAACUGCUAUGUUUAUUAUAUAAUGGGUUAACCCUAGCUGGACCAGGCACCCAGACCACUUCAUUAAGCUGAAGUGGUCUGGGUGCCUAGAGUGGUCCUUUAAAUAUAGUCUCCUCCUUUACUGUGUUGAUUCCCUUUAUGUAUUUAAAUGUUUCUAUCAAAUCCCCCCUGUCUCAUCUUUCGUCCAAACUAUACAUGUUAAGAUCCUUUAACCUUUCCUUGUAAGUUUUAUCCUGUAAUCCAUGAACCAUGACUUAAUGAACGUCAAAUUGAUUCUGUACAAGAGAACAUGAAAAUAGGAAUUCUCUUGAUCCAUGGCUUUAAAUAUACUUCAAGUUAGGUAUUAUUAUGCAAGAGAAAGACUCAUACUUGUCAUAAAUGUAUCCAAAGCUGUAUGGAUGACACAAGGUCGACGUGUUACAACUAAAUGUAACAUUUGUCAACCAAGGUGAUAUUUCUGAAAUAUCAGUACCCUAAAAUAUGCCAACGGGAUUGGCAUAAUUUAAAAGAAAAAAGGUAUAAAGAAUAAAAUGCAACAAAGUCAGCAUGUCGAUGUGUGAAGACACAAAGGACAGCUAGGUGGACCAGAGGUGGGUUACACGAAGAGUAAUACCCAUGAAGCUCAGAAGAUGGCAGCGUAAGAACGGAGCUGAAAAGACUAUGCAUCAAUAUUUUAGAGUGAAUAUAUCACAUAUCUUUGUCCUAAAUCAUAUAUUCAGUGUAUUUGGGGGCGAUUUAAGGUAAGUUGAUGUUUCCUUGACAGGUUCACUUUAAAGAAUAUUUCUGGUAUAGCCAGGAAUUAUUUUAUCAAAGAGACAUUGGGGGAAUUUUUAAUUCAGUGUUCUGUUCUGUUCUAAAAAGGGAUCUAAAGUAUUAAAAGUGGUAGCAAUCACCAUGGAAACCAGUGGAGCCAGUAGCCACAUUCCAUUGGUUCCACAUUUUAGAAAUCUCAGAAUUUAGCUCCUAAACAGACAGUCUCUGAACUCUGCAGUUACUUAGCAUUGAACACAGGUCAGUUUAAAACUGUCAGUACUCCUACCAAGACUGUCAGGGCUACCUGUAAUUAUUAUGCAUCUACAUCUUAAGUCAGCAUGAAAUCAUUGUGUUACUUAGCUGUCACAGAUACCUGGCACUAUCCUAAAAAGAGCCUUAAAAGUAAGAAUUUUGGAACAUAUUAACAACAUUGAAAAAGGUCUUAUGUCACAUUCAGUCCCCGUACACCGUAAUUCCUGACCUUUAACACCAGGUGGCUUCAAAUGUACUGGUACUGAAAAAGUGCUUCCGCAUUAAAGGUGGCAACGAUUAGGUUAAAAAACUGGCCCAACGUGAGACUUAUUGGAUUCAAAAUUGCAAACCUUGUAACCUAGGAGACUGAAUGUAGACAUAGACUUGGCUUGUUUUUUGUGAACUUGGAUUGGGUUUCCUCUUUUUAUUUGUAUGGUUUUUUUUUUAAUUCCUACUAAUUUUGUUUUUUGUAUUCUUUUUUCUUUGGUUCUUCUUCUGGGUACAGACACUUCUGUAUACUCUGAUAUUAUUGGUAUGUGUUGUAUAGGCAUAUAUGUAGAUUAGUUUUAUGAGUCACAUUAAUUAACAUAUGAUAUAAACUUUACAGGUUACUAUGGAGUCUGUAUAAGAAAGUAUCAUUAAAAACUGAUGCUACAUGAAUAUUUUUUUUAGAAUUAUGCAUCUGUCAUAUGAGCUAACCACUUUCUCCCUUUGAGCGGACAGACUCUCUGUGUUACAAACGAACAGCAUUUAGAGCUGUCUUUUUCGUUCAUAAAAGGUGUUUAACACAAUACAUUUAGCAAACACCAGGAAGCGAUUUUCUUAAGAGGUUUCACUAAUGUAAGACUUGUCAGGAAUUCAAAUUAAAUUUAAAAUAUACAGGGUCAGUCCAACUAAAAAACGCUGAAAUGAACCAGACAACAACUAGAUGCGCUUCCGGAAUAAUACUGGUCUUUUCAUCCGCUAACUGCAUGAGAAUAUCCAGUGUAAGCUAUUUCCCCAUAGGAAAGCAUUGCUUCAAUGCUUUCCUAUAGGGAGGGCCUAAUGCGUGCACAGCACUCGCCAUGCAUGCACAUUAGCGCCCACUCGUUUUCUGACGGAGAGGGUGGAGCUGUGACCCCGUACCGAGGGACAUCGGCCCUGGGAUCAGCUAUGUAAAUAAAGGAUUUUUAACCCUUUACUCACCACGGUGACGGGCGAUAGGGAGGGGGAGGCCUUAUUCCUGGCACUAUAGUAUCUUGUUAAUGAGUAAACAGUAAGACAGAGGUAAAUGGCACUAACUUUAGCUAUUUUUUUUUCUAUCCUGAACACUAUAAAGCUGUCAGGAAUUUUAGUAACCUUUAUCCCCUAAUCUGCAAACCAUAUAUAGUGAAAAGGAACUUGUGGGUUAAGUAAACCCUGACCCAGAGGCUCCAAAGUAGAGGGUAAAACUUUCAGCAUCAAUAGACAAAAACACCAAAGGUGUUCUUUUGUCUAUUAAUCUGCAAACCAACCAUCAGCAUUGUGUAAAAUUAAAAUAAUGCCACCAUAUUUAUGCUUAUACAAUUGUUUUUAUUUAUAAUUUAAAAAGCAUUCAUAAUGAAAACAAAUGUCAUUUUAAAAGCAUAUUUAUCUGUGAUCUCCAAAUACACAUGGUGAGUGUUAAUGCUGUUAUUUUAAAUACUCUUGCAGGAGACAGACUAAAGAAAUGCCUUUUAUCUUGUAUUCACAGAAUUCCAAUGUCGAUAGAAGUGAAUUCCUUUCUCUAAACUGAUAACAAUAUCCAUUUAUAUAACAAUACAAUAGACAUUCCAUGUUAUAAAUUAAAUAAUACAUGAUAAUAAAAAUAAUAAUAUAUUAUUCAAUGUUUCUAGCAAAGCAGUCAUGGCACAUUAAAAAAAUUAAAUAAUGUGUUAUUUUUCCCUCGGGGUCUACAGUUUGCUCAAUAUCUUGAUUUUCUUGUGAAUGUUCUUAGAACAGAAUGUAGCUACGCUCCAGGGUUUUGUGGUUGGUGAAACAAUUUUGCAAGCCUAAUGAGACAAUAAAAUGUUCCUGGUAUGAAAUACUUUUCCUUUUUAUUGCAUCAAUGCACCUUUGCUAUUAGAAUUAUUUAAUUAUAUGCAUGUAACUUCUUAGAGAAACUUAAUCCCAAUAGUCAACACAAUUAAUUUAUAAUUAAAUGUUACAUAAAUUACAUAAACUAAUUCAUUCCAUGUCUAUCAGAAAUGGAACCAAAAUAGGUAAGAAUUACCCCAGUGGGCUUCAGUUGGUUCAAUUAAUUAUGUUUUUAUUCAAUUUUUUUGAAAUUUGGAAAUAGAAUCUACCAUAUUCGAGACUACUAAUGCUCCACAAGGGGGAGCACCUGAGCUGAAGUUAUCUUGGUAUUUACUAAUUUGACAUUAAAUUUGAUAAAAUAUGAAUAUUAAACAUGAUUAACUUUAAAUAUGGAAAAUAGCUUACCUUACAUGCUAAAUCUCAACAAGAGUAUGCUUUCGUGCAUUCCAGUACUUAAAAUGUUAUUUCAACAUCCUCCGUAGUAUCCUCCUUGAUCUCAGAUAUAAUUCCUGAUACUAUUUUUCUUACACCUUGCCCUUUUCUAUUCAACCUAGAUUUCCCCAUAAUGGAGAAAAAAAUAUAAAUAUCUGAUUACUCAUUUUCUCUAUGCACUUAAAAUAUCUAUAGCUCGUAAUUGGAAAUCCAGCCAACCUUCAUUAUGGCAAGAAAAAAAUAAACAAAAUAGAUUAUCAAUAUAGAAAAAUGUAAAUGGGUGGGUGGUGAAAUAGAUGAUAAAUAAUGCAGGCAAGCCACUGUCAUGAGGUCACCUCUAUAACUAAAAACAACAAAAAAGGAGCUUCUUCUGAGGAAGUCAGAUCGCGGCGAAACGCGUUGAGCAGUUACAAGAGCCCUGCAUCUUUGGUAAAGCAGUCUUUUUUCUACUAGUAUACUGUUAUUUGUGUAAUGUGUAAUUUUUAGGAAGUGACUUAACUAUCUUUGCACUUUGGCACUUGCACUUUUAUAUACAGCAACUUGUAUGUUCUAAGCUGCUAUCCAUAAGGGCAUCUUAGCCUUGUGUGGCUUUUUAUUAUAUAUCUUGCGAUUUUGCACUAUUGUGUGCUAUUGCUUAUUUUAUUUUUAUUCAUAAUAAAGUGGAUUUUCCUUUUUCAUUGAUGGUCUCUUCCAUAUAUGGAAAUCUCCAGAUGUAAUUUUUUUCUUUUUCUAUUUGACUGUGGCGCCCUGUUUUUUCUGGUUUAAUAUUCAGGAUUUUGUUGUUUUUAGAUUAUCAAUAUAUAAUGGAGAGUCAUUUUAUAGCUAUAUCCGGAAAAUCUUUCUCUUAUCGAGACUCAUGGAAUUCCUGUUUUUUAUAGAAAAAAAGGGAAAUGUAUUGUAGGAUAAGAAGGGGAAAAAGGAAAGAAAAAGGGGAGGAAAGCUAUAGGGAAAGAAAGGAAGGAAAGGAAAAGGAGAAAAGAAAGAAGGGAAAAAAGAACUCUUGGAUACCUAUUUCCCCCAUACUUAAUAUCGGGCCCUGGACACUGCCGUCUUUAUAUUUGUUUAUAUUUGCUCUUAUAGUUCCCUUAAAAUCAUGAUAUUAUCGUGUUGAUACUUUUCUAUAUGUGCUUAUUAUCUUAAUCCAUCAAAUCCUCGCAUGUAAAUGUUUCACAUGUUUACUGUUGGCAUCAUUAUUGAAAAUAAAAAGAAGAAAUAUUAAAAAAACAAACAUGUUAUUUCAACCACUCACAUAAAGACUCAAUCACAUAAAAUAUUCUUAGUAUUAAGUAAAAAAAAACAACACACACACGGAUUUGAAUAAAAUUGUAACAGAGUUAACUUGAAGGAACACUCCGGGCACCAUAACAUCAGGAACUAACGUACCUCAAGGUGUUUAGUAACAAUUGGUUUAACCCCCCAGUGUUCAGUCUGGUGCCAAUCAAUUCUGUCGCUGUACGUUUGGUUCUAGUCCGAGUCGUGAAGGAGAAAGCCUUAAAAUAUGCGCCACUGAUUGGCUGAAAGUGUCAGAUCACAUUAGUAGUUUCCAAAAAGUUCAAAAAAUGAAGGAAAAGAAGGUGAGUAUUUCAAUUUUUCACUACAUUUUGUGGAUGGGGACUGCCUGAUAGCUGCUCUGUCCGAGGCUUCCUGACUGAAGCUUUGGACUGGAUAGGAGCUACAGGGACAGGGCUGACAAGUGCCGGCUUGAGAGCAAGGGGGUAAAAGAGUUAGUUAACAGUUUAACCCCUUGAGGUAAGCCCGUAUCCAGGACCAACUAGCACCAUAACUAGUUAAUUCCAGUGAAGUUGUGAUGGUGCCUGGGGUCUCCCUUUAAAAUAUUAAUAGAGAAAACAGACGAAUACAAAAAAAUGUUCAACUUGAGUUAUGGAGUUUAAUGUAAUCUAAAUACAGUUUAUCUACUAGUAGGGAUCAACCAAUAUUGGUUUUUUUAAAGCCGAUACCGAUAAUCUGGGAACUUUCAGGCCGAUAGCUGAUAACUUGCCAAUAUUCUGUACAUUUACCAUUUUUAAAAAAUAAACUAUUUCUAAAGGUAAAUGCACAAAAUAUACAUGCCACAUGUAGUGGAUGCAGUGUGUUUAGACAGGGGAGCUGUGUGUGUGUGUUUGUGUAGUAUGUAUAGUGAAUGUAGUGAGUGUUUGUGUAGUGUGUAUAUAUAGUGAAUGCAGAGUGUGUGUUUGUGUAGUGUGUGUAUAGUGAAUGCAGAACAGUGUCUAUAGUGAAUGUAGUGUGCAUAAGGGAAUGCAGUGUGUGUAUAUAAAGCAGAGUGUGUGUGUAUAUAAUGCAGAGUGUGUGUUGGUGUAGUGUGUAUAUAAUGCAGAGUGUGUGUGUUUGUGUAGUGUGUAUAUAAUGCAGAGUGUGUGUGUGUGUUUGUAUAGUUUGUGUAUAUAAGGAAUGCAGUGUGUGUUUGUAUAGUGUGUGUGUGUGUGUUUGUGUAGUGUGUGUGUUUGUGAAGGGAUGUAUUUUGUGUAAAUAUAUUUAUAUAUUUGUUUUUUUUGUCCCCACUCCCUGUUUCAUACUUGGCAAGGGAGGGGGGCAUUAGCAGUCCAUGGUGGUCCAGUGGCAUGUACUGGGCAGUGGGGGCCGGCAGCAAGCUCUUACUGCAGCUCCCUUCCACUCCCUGUGUAAAUCUCAUGGUCUGCGUGCAGCGCGAAGCGUUGCCACUGUAACCCGUGGCAAUGCUCUGCGGCCACGGGACUCGCAAAAUUUACACUGGGGAGCUGGAGGAGCUGCAGGAAAGCUGCCGGCCUCCUCCAGGACCGCCGGGCUUGUAAUGGGCCCGGCUGUCCUGGUAUGUAUUAUCGGCAAUAUCGGUAUCUCUAUUGGCCGAUACCGAUAUUGCCGAAAAUACCAAAUGUCGGUCGAUAAUAUCGGUAUAACCGAUAAUCGGUCGAUCCCUAUUAUAUAGAACCUAGAACAGUAAUUAUUAUUAUUAUUGCCAUUUAUAUACCGCUAAUUUAUUCCAAAGCACUUUACAAUAUUAUUAAGGGGACUUUAAUAGAAAUUAGACGAAUUAUUAAAAUUUUUGACAAGAACAAUAGGUUCAUGAGGACCUUACUCAGACGAGCUUAGAACCUAGACGUGGGGUGUAAGAACACAUAGGAAGCGCAAUGUGGAAGACAGGAACUGAAUGACAAGGUGGGAGAGUAGCACGAUUGGACAGUGAGAGUGAAGUGGAAAACAGACUCACUAAUUAUUUUGAGAGUGUAAUGGCAAUUACCGUGGGAGUCCAUAGUCUGUUCUGAAGAGAUGGGUUCUAUUAGCUUUGCAGAUGCUGUCCAAUUCAUUCACAAAGUGAAGCAAUGCCCUAAUGUUCUUUCGUUUGGUGUUGUCCUUACUCCCCUUAAACAUGCUACUGUUGUAGCCAUCCUAAAAAAAGCCAUACCUAGAUCCAUCUUACCCUUGCAACUAUGGUCCAUUUCCUUCUCCCUUUUUUCUCAAAGCUUCUAGAAAGACUUGUCUUUACUCAUUUGUCUCUCUUCCUCAAUUCCAAAUCUUCCCUCGACCCUCUUCAAUCUGCCUUCCGCCCCCUCCACUCCACUGAGACUGCUCUGAUUAAAGUUACAAAUUACCUACUCACAGCUCAAUCCAAAGGUCACUACUCUAUACUAAUUCUUCUUGCAAUCUCUGCUGCCUUUGACACUAUUGAUCAUACUCCUGCUCAAAACGUUUCUAUCCCUCAGUCUCUAUGACAAUGUCCUCCUCCUAUGUCUCUCAAUGUUUGUUCAGUGUCUCCCUUUCCAAUGACACCUCUCCCCUUAUCCUGUCUCAGUUGGAGUCCCCCAAGAAUCUGUUCUUUGUCCUCUUCUUUUUUCUCUUUAUACUGCCUCUCUUGGCAAACUCAUUAAUUCCUGCCGAUGACACGCAGAUAUAGCUCUCCUCCAAUAUUCUCUAUCCCCCGCUGUCCUACAACGUGCCACUGCUUGCCUUUCUUCAAUCCCUGACUGCAUGUCCUCCUGCUUUCUGAAAUGCAAUCUCUCCAAAUUGGAACUUUUUAUUUUUCCUCCUCAUAUUGCUGACCCUCCUCUUUCACUUUCCCUGCAAGUUGAUGGUACAUGCAUCAGUCUGACCUUCCAAGCUCGCUGUCAUGGUGUUCUCUUUGAUCCUGGCCUCACCAUUCUGCCUCAUAUCCAGUCUGUUCCUAAAACCUGUCGUUGACACCUGAAAAACAUUGCCUGCAUCCACCCCUUUCUUACUCAAGCUUGUUUGUGGUCUGUGAUCUCUCAGAUGGGUUACUGUAAGUCUCUCUUGGUUGGUUUCCUCUACUGCCUCACUACAAAUUGUAAUGAAUGCUGCCGCCAGGCUGAUCUUUCUCACAUAUCAUGCCUCCCAAACCUUGCCCCUCUGUCGAUCCUUACGUAUCCUAUAGGUCUCAAUUCAAAAUACUAACCCUUACCUAUAAAGCUCUAAUUGGGAAGUGUUUCUAAAUCCAGAGCCGUUCUGGUGCAUAUAUAGGGAAAGUCAGUAGAGGUAAUGGCUAGCGACAACGAUAUGGAUACUAUGCCAAAGUCAUGAUAAAUGUUUUAUUGGAUUAUUGUUCUUUUGUUCUAGAACCUUUCCUAUAUACAUCUGCAGUUAUGUUUAGUAUGGUGUGAGCAGGAAAAGAGGGGCAUUUAAAUUGUUAUACGAGCAAAGUUUGAGGAUACUUUGACCUCAGAUCACCCCAAAUGUAAUUAUCUGGCUGCUGUCAAGGAUUGAGGCCGUUGUUGGGCUAUUUGGCGUGGAUAGCCAUUCACAAGUGUUAAAUGGAUCUGUCUUUGUUCUCUACUUGUCCAUAAGCUCUGUUGCCACAUGUAAAUAUACACAGAUGUGCUGCAGAUAUCUACUGAUAUUGCACUGCUUGACCAUCAAUUCUGGUGCUCUGGUGACCUGACCAGCUAUUUUGCUUAUCGCCUUCUUUAUUGGGUUUGUCUGUCUGUAUUUCAAAUAAUGCUGAUCACUCUUUAAUUUCUACUUUUCAUAUUUACAUUCAAAGUUCAUGAGAAGACCAAGCAAUAUGUUGAUUUAAUUGUGUACACAUUUCAGUGUCAAAUUCAAAGCAGUGCACCUCUCACUGCUUUGCAGAACAAUGUUAAUUAACCCCAUCACUACCUCCAAGUUCUUUUCGGUUUUAGAAGAAAGAUAACAAUUAUUUGAAAUGUUGGAUACAGAGCUAGCACAUAAACAUAGAAUAACAUAUAUUAUUUAUUUACAUAUAUAUCCCUUAGAACACCAUCAAAUCUGCAAGAUCUAGGAUGGGUCACCAACCUACUGAGGCUUUUGGAAAAAGAGACGAGAAUAGAAGCCCUAGUCAAUUUUUUUUUCUUCUGGCAUUUUUUUUAAGUUAUGAGAGGAAUAGUAGGCGCUCUUUUCUUUUCUCCUUUUUUCCCUGGUCACUUAGUAACCAGCUGAGUUUUGGAGGUCGAACAUCAAAUUCUAUUGAAUAACUUCCUUGUAUAAAAUCCUGGACCCAACUGUCAUGAGUGGCUUUUGCCCAAGAUUCCAAGAAUAGAAGCAGAUGUGCUCCUACCUCUGAAGGCUGGGUGAGGAGACCAUCAUAAGGCAUGAUUAAUCUUGGCAUUUGUUUUGUUGAUGAGAUCCUGUCUCUCCAAGCCUGGGAUAUGCCAUAUUCUUUGCCUGGACAAUUGGCCUUGUUGACUCAAAAGGAAUUAUAGUCAUAAUUUCUCCUUUCUCUAAAUCCUUUUCUAGGCUUACAGUCUUCCAUCAGUUUCUCUCUUUAUGCAUUUGUCUAGAUAUUUUUCAAACAGCUUAUAAUAUUUACACAAUCAUUUAUAUUUAUUGCACGCUAAUGAAUUGUCCAUCAACAAAAUGCUGAUUUUGUAGUAUAUGCUUAUUGCUACACCCAAUCCUUAUCAAAGUAGUAAUUAGGGGCACCCGUUUAUUCCCAAAAUAAAACCACAAAAACACUUGCAGCUCUUGACCUUCUCUUGUCCUUGCAAAAAAAUUUUUAAAAAAGUAUUUAUCGUGCAAUAUGGCUUGACUCUAAGAUUUAAAAAAGGAAGAAAAUUAUGAACAUAUAUGCAAAGUCAAAUUAUGCGUAACAAUAGACUGGAGCCCUAGCAGAGACAUGCAUUUUAAUGGCAUGGUACAAAUUAGUACUGGACUUAAGAGAACGUGGCAAAGUUUCAUAAUGUUUUGAGGAAAGAAGAUUCCAAUUCUGAAUUAACUUAAUAUUUUAACGGUGUUGAAUUUUAAGAAGGGCAUAUUUGAAGAACAACGCAUAAAAGGCUGUAGCUCCUGAUGAUAUGUGCUUGCUCUUGUGGAACAGACUUUGUGUUGGGUACAGAAUGAUUGGCAAUGAAGCUUUGAAGCAUUUGGUAUCAUUUUAUGAUCUUCUUAAACUACGCUCGAGCUGUGCUUUAAAUUAUUUCAUUUACUUUGAGGAAGGGAAACAUAAUGAAACAAUGUGAUUAAAAAGCUCACAAGUCUCUGGCUAUUUAAUUAAACUUUACAACUUUUCCAUGUUCCAUACCGAAGCAUAAAUUAUUUUUAACAAACUGUGAUUGUACUUUUACAGCAGAACAGUGUAGCAGGUAUAGCUAAGUAUUUGACCAAAUCAUUCCCAGAGUAUGUAACCAGAACAGAAUGGUUCCUGACCUUCUUCCAGAGUAUUCUGCAGGACAUGCUUUCAGCCAUUGAAUAACAAAGGCAAUGUGUUUGAGUGUGUAUGUGAGCGUCUGCAGCUCUGAAGGAAAUGGAUGUAUAUCACUAAACCAGAAGAUAGCCUAAUUUCCCAUCAGGACCCAGGGAACAGGACCAGGGUACCCCUGGCCUCAUAACCAAUAUAGCAUGCUCUAGUGGUCAUGAUACAUGGAGUAACCCUUUAAAUAAUCCCUUUGUGUAAUUGUUCUGUAAAAGUCAUGAAAAUGUUGUCUCUAUAUAAAUGCUUAUACGGCUACUCCUACUUAUAAUGCUGGCGUGUGUAUCUUUAUGUGUAUUUAUGAAAGUAUAUGACUAAGUAUGUCUCUUUGGGUAUGUGUGUGUUAUAUAUGUGUAUUUGAGUGUGACUGUGGGUUAUAAAUAUUGAUUUGUGUAUUUGUAUAUAUUGAAUGUGUUGUGUGAUAUUUGUAUCCCGAUUUGGUUCUUAUCAUCUAUAAAGUAGGUUGCUUUGAUAACCCGCUGUGCUCUCUCCACAGGCUCGGUUUGUGAAUAGUACAUGGGUGUUUGGGAAAUUCAUGUGUCAUGUGAGUCGUUUUGCCCAGUAUUGUUCUUUACACGUCUCUGCACUGACACUAACCGCUAUCGCAGUGGACAGGCACCAGGUAAGCUUCCCCUUGAACCUUGCUAACGCUAAGCACACUGAGGCAUGUAUAGCAAGAAAAGCUGAGGUCUUAUGAUCCUAAAUUGGAAAUCAAUUGUAAGAAGUAUGAAAUUGCCUUAAAAAUAACUUUACUCCUUCUGACGGCCUUAUCACCUGCUGUCUGUACUGCCAUUUCCAUUAGGGCUCUUUCUUAUCACUCCUUGCUAUUAAUUCACUGUCUUUAAUGUGCCAUGUAAUGAUCCCUCUGUACCACACAGACUGAUGUUACCAAUUUGUUACGAGCAGAGAACUUAGUAAAAGACAGGUGCUACCUCCCAAGGAGCCUGUUCUUUUAAUGCUCGAUGUAAUGUGAUUAGAUACAUUUUAAAAUCCAGGACUUCAGAAUUGCCACGGCCAAUUCCAGUAAUACUAAUGAAACCUGAAUUCUUGGAGGUCCCCGAAGAAGGACUUGAGAUACACUACUUUAAUCUAUCCAUUGCCGAAAGGCUGAUUAGCAAUUCCUACCUAAUCACAUUUCACUCUGACAUGCAAUGACAUUAACAAGACAUCCCAAGGCGACAAACACUGUAAAUUGAAAAUUUCACGUGAAAUCAAAGUAAGACCAGCGUAGACAAAAUGAAAGCAUAGGUGUCGACAGACGGAGGAGAGUUCCCCAGCACCGAGGGAGCCCGGCGCUGGAGAAAGGUAAGUGGCCAUUAACAUUCCCACCAAGCUUAACAGCCACUCCCAUUAACCCGAACCAAGUACCAUCGCUCUGGAUAGGGUUUAUUAAUUAAACAGUUAGUUGGAGUGGAUUGAAAACUGAAAAGACUCAUACUGAAAUGAAGGGAGUUAUGCAUUUUAAAGUACGACGAGAGGUGUAGGAUUUAAAUUAAAAAAGGAAAAGAAGGAAAAUCUCCAAACCCUAAAUUUAAUAACCGUUUACUGAACAAACCUCUAGGUCUCACAGUUAAUCUAUUUGUGUGAUAUUAAACUGGAUUCAGUUAUUGCUUUGAGUACCAGGGAGCAAGAAAAUAGUGCAGUUUAUCUAAGUCACAGAUAUACAGUUUUUGACAAUAAGACAAUUUUCUUUUAGUUGACAAAAAGUCAAUUUAAUCAUGGCUUAUUCAAUCAAACUGACAACUAAAUAUACUACUUCUGAAUCGUUAGCCACAAGAAGAGCAAUACGUGCUUAGUGGAUAACUCCCUUGAUUUUGGCAUUGAGCUACUUUUCUUAAAGAAGCCACAAUUCUAAGAGGGAAAAUCUCAGAACAUAGGCACAUAAAAAAACAAAACAAAAAGUAAUGCGAUUUAUAAUGUGUGCUCAGAAUUAUUCAGGUUUUGCAAAUCUAAUAAUAUUAAAAACAGCAACCUAACUCUAACUCUAAUUGAUUUCUCAAGUCAUUCAAGAACCUGUUACCUUUGCAUCCCUCAGAAUCCCUGGGUAACAUGCUUUAAUAGGGAUUUUGUUUUUUUUAACGGAAAAGAUACUGUACUUGACUCCAAUAUUAAUGCAGGGUCGGAUGUUUUUGGUUACAAAUAUCACAAGGUAUUAGGCCUAUGUGUGUAGGGGAGACUUAAUGGUUUUUUUUCUUUGAUAUUGGUUUUAAUGCAUGUAUCUAUAUAAAUGUGUGAAAAAUGGGUAGUAAACCAAUUGUAGAGACUGGGUUUACAAGCGAUGUGCCACCUGACAAAACUAAGAUUAAAGCUACUUUUAGUUUAAUGCGAUCUGUACCGUUUAUGGUAAUUUUUGAAUGAUAAAAAAUAUUUAUUGCUCCAGACUGACUGUUUUAGUUUAAAAUUUACAAUGUGUUUGAGCCUCCAGAAUUUCUAAUUCAUUGCAUAAAUGUCCCUGAAAUGAAUUUGAAUACAGCAAUGAGUUUAAUAGGAUUAUCCAAUACGCUGGAAUUGUCGUGUAUUGAUCAGUAAAUUAAAAAACUGUAGACCCAAAUUGUGUCCUAGAAAUGUGCAAUCCUAGAAUAAAUAGCCCUGCAUAUGUGUUUAUUGUAGACCUUGUCAACCCAUUUCCCUAAUGUAUAGGAUUCGGUUUUUUUAAACCAUGUCACACAUAAUUGUUAUAAAUAUUUAGCAUGUCCGCAUCUCCUAGUUUAUAUAAAUGGUGUUUAGUAAGGCAUUACAGACCAUUUAAUGAGUGACAGUUAUAACCGCUUCUUUCGGAGACUGAGAAGAUUCAAGGAUGAAUAAUCACUUUCAAUGUCCUAUGCAAAUUCUAGGCAGUAUAUUUUUAACCUCAGUUCUGAAUUCUAUACAAGGACACUGCUGUGUUCGUGCUUGCAACCUAAUCAUGUCUAACUUGUCAAGCCUCAAAUAAAAGUUGCAAGGGCAAAUACAGUACAGUUGUUAAAGCAGGUGUGUGCAGAAGGGUCAUGGGAAUUAUAGUUAUAAUAGUGAAAAAGACUGCAUUAAUCCCAUCCAUACCAACAACGUAUUGUUUAGAAACUUUGUUUAAUUUUGAAAGAAAAUUAAUUUAAGAAUCAAUUUAAAUAAAAUAUCCCCUGCAUCCACCAUGACCCUAACCUGGCACAGAAAUUAAUUUUCGCGUUGGGGCUACAGUCAAUACUUUUACCUUUUACUUAGGAUCUGUUGGUCUGACUGCCAAUCUAUUUAUGGACUUAUAUAGUGUAUGAACAGCGAGAUCUGAUUCUAUGCACUCAAAUUAUUCACAUGAUUCAUAACAUUCAAGAAAUGUUAUUCAGUUAUAAAAGGCUAUUGAUAUUUUUAUUGGAUUGCAAAGUAAGCUACACUUUAUUAUCUAAGUAUUUCAACAAAUAAAUGGAAAAAACCCACAUAAAACCAGCAUCUGUAAAUUUGACUGAUUUUCGAGUUUAUGCAACCCAGCAAGAACCUAUGUACAAAUUUACUGUUUUGACCUAAUGUCAAAUAAUGAAGGUUAUGCCUGUAUUUUUCUUACAAAAGAACCCUCAGUAAUGAAGGCUGUAAAAAAAUGCAUUUUAUUCUUUAUAUUUUGCAAUAUGCGAAUGCCCAGACUGAUUGUCUAUAGCAAACUUCUUAAUUGUUUUUAUUUUUUAUAUAACCAAAAAAUUAAAGGACCACUAUAGGCACCCAGACCACUUCAGCUUAAUGAAGUGGUCUGGGUGCCAGGUCCAGCUAGGGUUAACCCUUUUUUUUAAAUAAACAUAGCAGUUUCUCUUGACAGCCGCUAGAGGCGCUUGCGUGCUUCUCACUGUGAUUUUCACAGUGAGAAGACGCCAGCGUCCAUAGGAAAGCAUUGAGAAUGCUUUUCUAUGGACUUGCUGAAUGCUCGCGCAGCUCCUGCCGUGCAUGCGCAUUCAGCCGAAGAGGAGGAGAAGAGGGAGGAGAGGAGGAGGAGAGCUCCCCGCCUGGCGCUGGAAAAAGAGGUAAGUUUAACCCCUUCCUCUCCCCAGAGCCCGGCGGGAGGGGGGCACUAUAGUGCCAGGAAAACUAAUAUGUUUUCCUGGCACUAUAGUGGUCUUUUAAGAUCUUGUUUUCAUACCUAGGGAGAUACUCACUUACCUUUCCUGUUGUAUAUUUGCGUUGAAAUAGUGAAUGGGGUAAUAUUCUUUUCAGAGAAUAUUUUCUCAUUUUGAAUCCUAGGAUUUAGUUCACCCUUUUGUCAGUUAAGGAGUUAAUGACAAUAAUGAAUGUGCGUGAUAAACACUCCUGAUUCAUUGUUUCUUCCCAUCAAGGUAAUCAUGCAUCCUUUAAAACCUCGCAUAUCUAUGGUUAGAGGAUCUGCGUAUAUAAUCAUCAUAUGGAUAAUGGCAAGUUGUUUCUCUCUUCCACAUGCGAUCUACCAAAAACUGUUCACCUUUGAAUACAGGUAUUUAUAUGGUCUAUUGUAUAUCCUAAAUAAGGGACAGAUGCAGACAUUCUAUGACUUUCAAUGUCUCUAUCAGAAUAUUUGAGUAAAAAACUUGCUAUUAAGAAAGCUUGAUAAAAGAUAUCACCAAGAUCAUGUCUCCAAUAAUACAUUUCUUAUUGAGUUUCAGCCUUGAGUUGAAAAUGGUGUGGUUGACUUUGCAAGCCAGUUGCCACUUUAUAAAAUAAUGAGAAGGCUAAUUUGGCUAACUUUGAAAUGCCAGGUGUUUUGGAUUUUGCACUACACUUCCGUGAAGGUGCUCUGAGCAUCGUGGGAAAUGUAGUUUGCAAGCAUCUGAUAUGCCAAGAAUACUCAACAUUGUGCAAUGCUAUGUUUGGCUUUCCCUGUAUUCAUCCCCAGAGGAUGUGCCCAUAGUGGAGGUUAGAAAUACAUGCAAUUUCUGUGACAGAGCAUUUAUAUUAGUAUAUGUACAGUUCUGAAUGGUUUAACGUUUCCAUUGGAAACAUGAUAGCGUUUUAUACAUUGCACAAGUGCUAGAUUGCCAGUUACGUGCAUGCCAAUCUGCACCUCAUAUUCAAACUUAACUAUAUUGGAAUCUGUCUCAUAAAUUCUCAUUGCUAUAGACAUAAAGAGAAAAUAAUAAGAGUAGAGAAUAGGAAACCUGUUUCUUUCAAAUGCAUUUGUCUUUUAUAGAGAGGACCCCCUUGCUUUGAUAAAAGCUUGUGUACAGUGUCACAUGACAUGGAAAGGAGCCAAAAACAUUAGGAUUCACCCAAAAUGGGAUCGUGCUGUGCAGCUUCCUUGUUCUUGCAUCCACAAUGUUCUCCAUCUUUAUUGACAAACCUGUAGGUUGAGAUGUAGACAGCUGUCUUUAGGGAGUAAGUGACACAACAGAUGCCAAUCUCUGUUUGCUGCUCAAUCGCCAGUUUGUGGCGGCCAAGCCUUGGGCACGGAUGGGCAGCGCCCUGAAACACUUCCAGGGUUCCUUUGUGAAAAUUUCAGUCCACUGUAUGAGCGGUACUCAAGUGCUGUGCACCCUCACGGGUUGUCCCGCUGUGGAACUUAUAUACAUCUAAAGGGCGUAAACAUAGGGCAACACAGGAAUAUCAAAAUAUGGCACUUGUUUUAAAAAUAAUAUAAAAAUCACCUGGUUUAUUAAGCGAAGAAAACUUAAAAGAUUAAUUUAAAGUCAAAGUUACAAGGAAACUUAAUGAGGCAAGAAUGUAGAGUUAAAAUUAAUUAUGAGAUUAAUAAUAAUAAAAAAAGGCAAUAAAGAAGCAAAGUUCUAAUAGGUUGAAAAUAUUAUGUGGAUACAUUUUCUUGACAUCUGAUUUACAAAAAAAAGUUUUAUUAACUAUAAACAAGAGUAUAUUGGUCUCUAAGGAAACAUUCUGAGAAUUUGAUUGCAACUUGGAUGAUGUGUUCGUAUUUAAAAAAGCAACAACAAUGUUCCAAGAUAUAUUAUUGCUGUAGAAGAAUGCCCUUUGGGUAUCAAUGAUCUAGAUCUACGGAGUUUAGCAUGUAAUAUUUAUCAACGAGAACACCUGAAACAUUAUGGGUACAUCAAGGAAUCAUCAUGGUUUGACAGUGAGGAAUGAGGGUUUGUGCUCAGAUCUCACGGCGGACGAGCAAACUAAGUGAUUUCAAUUUAAAAAAUGCAUAACAAUCUCAGCAGAAAAGAUUAAAUGUGCUUGGUUGGUUAGUUUGAGAUCCCCCAGGUAGGCUUUCAUUCCUCAGUCAUCAGCCAUCCUUACGAACAUUGAAUAUGGCAGACUACGAGAGCAUAGGGAAGUGCUUUAUAACCAGUCCGACAAUGGACGUUUGGUCACGGAAGUGGUAGAGCAUCGAAAGGAUCCUUUCAACAUAGUGACCCAUUGAAUCCAGAGAAUGCAAAUCCGUGAUAAUUUCUAAAACACGAAUAAACUCUGCAAGUGCUUUUUUAAUUGCCCCUAAUAACUGCCUUGUCUGUGUAAGAGCUCGCUUUGUGUAGACACAUCUGCAUUUCUACAUUACUCUACAACUAUCGCAUUUUGCUCCUCUCACACCUUGAGGAAGUCCAACCCAGGAGAGAGCUAAGUGAAAGAAACCUUAUUGCACUCAUUGUACUUUUCCUGAUUGUUAUUAAAUGAACACUUCAAGCACCAUAACCACUACAGCACGUUGUAGUGGUUCUGGUUUAGGAGUGCCCAAUUGUAAGUAGUCCAACCUAUCGUAAGCAGUUCAACCGGUGUCUGUUGGGUGCAGCUCCCCUCAUCCACUACUUCCCAUCGAGAGCUGGAAGCUCCUAAGCAUGAUAAACCCCGCAAUGCAGGGCUUAGCUCUUGCUCUCAUUAUACUCUACAAAAAAAGCAAUUUAGGCAGGGAGUGAUUCCUGGUAGACCCCAGGUUAGAAGUCAAACUAUUCUAGUAUUAUUUCACGUUUUUAUUUUUUUCUUGCAAAGGGGGACCACCAAAGCACUCCUGGCACCAUAUCCACUGUAGUGGUUAUGGUGCAUGCAGUGUUGUUUUUAACUCACUCACCGCAUUGGCCUCCUUCAUCUCUGCUGAAAACUAUGUGAAAAAACGAUUUCCUUAAGUUACAUAAAGUCAUAGCAGUAACGACAGAGACAUCUUCAUAUGAAAUAAGGCUGCUAUCUAAUUAUUUUGAACUCCUAGAAGAACAAAUAGCUUUGAACUGUCUUUCAUUUGCAGUAAUUAUGUCUAUACCACAAUAAUUAAAAAUCUGCUUCAAAAUAAAAUAAAUAGAUUUAGAAAUUGUGACGCAAAACUCCUCAAAGGUUUAAUGAGGAAAGCAAAAGUGUCAUAAUUAUUUUGACUACCAUGCCAAGUGUAUGCUUUUUCCGAUUUUUUUCUUUAAAGUUAAUGCUAUUUGCAGUCAUGAUCCUGAGCCAGUUAGCAAGUUACUUGCUAAUUAUUUACAGCAUAGAAAUAUUGAUUUUUAUUAAUUGGUGCGUCUGAUGUUUAUUUUGCAAAGGCAGGCUGGCAAGGAUCACUCUGGGGUCAUUUUAUUAACUAAAAUGUCUAUGAAUUCAAAGUGAAUUUCAAGUCCUACGCCAAUAUAAUCAAACUGGAAACAUAGCUGAUUAAGAUAUUUUUUUUCUAAAUCAGCUAUUUCAGCCUAAAUUUAAAUUAUCUUUGAAUUUAUGACACUUCAGUUAACAACAGGGCAAGAGAGCUAGAAUCAGACGUAAAUCGUAAAUCAGAUAUGCCCAAGAUUAGCUCGAGUUAAGGGGCAGCAUCUCUUUGAAGUGUUCUUUAAAGCAAGUAGGAUAAAGAUAUAGAACCUCUACCCAACGCGUUUCAUUUUUAUCAGAUGCUGUUGAUAUCUUUUUUAAAAGCCUGCAUGUAUAAUUUUUUGAGACAGAAUACUUAUCAAGCAUGAUCUUACAAUCCAACCUUCUCCCUUGCAAAGCAAACUGAAGUAACUUCACCCACCAGAACAUGUCUACAACUCCAAACACCUAUUCAUUACAUUCACUACUUCUAGUGAAUUUACAAUCACUAAUUAAUCUAACUAAUCUGCCUCCCAUAUCAUAUUGAAUUAAUGGCUGAAAUAAAAAUUUGUUUCUAAAACGUGUUCACUCCCUUACUCACUUUAAACUCACAUUUACUUUUUCUCACCAAAGUUUGCUCUCCUUUGUCAAUGAAAUAAUGUUUCUGCACUUGUUCUGUUCCUUCUUCCUGUCACUUUAAACACAUCUCUUCAAAUGUUACCUGUUUCAUCUUCCUCUUUCCUAAACUAAUGACCCAUCCGUAACUACCGUCUUUAAAUUAUGCCAUUUUUCUAAUGUCUUUCAAACAUACAUUUAUCAUUCAUCUCUCCCCACCAUACAAUCUCCGUACACAAACACCCACGCAUUUUGAAAAUAUAUCUUUUAGAUUACUUUACUUAAGGAGCACUUUAAGUACCAAAACAAAUUGAACAAGGUUUAUAGAUAUUGGUCUAAAUAAUUGCCUAUAUUUAUGACCAAUUUUGUAUCGUUUUGGAAAAGAAUGUUUUGCUGCGUUUGAAUUAUAGCCCUGCUUCCUUUGUCCUACCUUCCAAUAAUAAAAUGCUUCGUUCUUUCUAAUGCCUGUACUACUGUAAAGCUCCCUCUCUGUCCCUUCCUCCUAACCUGCAGUGAUGUAUUGCACAGUAGUACAUCAUUAGUGGACACAGCAAAGCUCUUUGGGAGUUGUAGUCCACUUAACAGCUUUCAUAAGUAGAUAGUUGAAAUACUGAACUUCAAAUCCCAGAAUUCUUUUUUAGUAAUUGUAAAAUCCCACCUUAUAUAUUUUGUACCUUUUCUUGCAAAUGUCCCAUCUUUAUAAUCUCACCUAUCCUUACUUCAUAAUGCUUCUCUUUCUUUUGAAACUGCUGGGAAAUAUAAUUGACCUCCAUAGCGGUGGAAUACAUCAAUGGGUAGGAUUAAAUAUGCAUGCAAUACCAAUUAUAGCUAUAACAGUGGCACUCAGAAGUUUUAAUACAGAUUAAAAUUUACUGGACGUAAUGGGAAUAUAUAUAUAAUUAUAAACCAUUCAUUUAAUUCCCUUAUACAAAAAAAAAUACAAAUCAUUAAAACCUUAAUAUAAAAUUCUAAACUAUUGACACAAUCUAAAAAAAUAGUAUUUCUGAAAUUUGUGCGUAAAGUGUAGCAGUGUGGGGAAAAAAAAAAUUAACCUUACUUAUUCAUUGCAGUGAAGAGAAUGUCCGAAGCUUGUGUCUCCCAGAUUUCCCUGAACCUUCUGACCUUUUCUGGAAGUAUCUGGAUUUGGCAACCUUCAUCCUGCUCUACGUUCUGCCUCUGUUAAUUAUCUCCGUGGCCUACACAACAGUAGCAAAGAAAUUGUGGUUGAGGAAUGCCAUAGGAGACGUGACGACCGAGCAGUUUUUUGCACUCCGUCGAAAGAAGAAAAAGACCAUUAAGAUGCUGAUGUUGGUGGUUGUCCUCUUCGCUGUUUGCUGGUUUCCUUUAAACUGCUACGUUGUUCUCCUUUCCAGCCAAACCAUUCGCACUAACAAUGCUAUUUACUUUGCAUUUCAUUGGUUUGCAAUGAGUAGCACCUGUUACAACCCAUUCAUAUACUGUUGGCUGAAUGACAAAUUUAGGUCAGAAUUGAAAGCCUUGUUGAACAUGUGCAAGAAACAGACUGGUCCACAUGCUGUGCUUCCUUCUACUGUCCCAUCCUAUAGGUUGGCAUGGCCUGAAAGCAAGAGUUACAAAAGGGCAGUUGUCUCGCACACCUUACCAUCAUCUUCUAACUUCAACUCUGGAAAGACAGAUAUCUCAGCAGUGGAACCAAUUGUAUCUGUUGGCUGAUGUCCCACACAAAAGAACUAGCUGCAGGUACAAGCUACAUGAGCUUGAGAAGCAGUCAUUUGUGUGAUAGCGUAAAAACAACAUGAUAUGGAGCAAAAUCUGAGACAUGACAUUUGAAUGAUAAAAUUACUGCCAAUUUCAAGUAAUUAUAUAAGCAUAUUGGUCACUGUGUGAAACUGUGUUAAGGUCAACAUGAAAGAGAGGUUCCGUGAGGGUCCGAGCUAGGAGACAAUGUGUAUUGCAUUUAGUUACAAGGAUAGAAAGUGUUAUUACAUUGCUUUGCUUUGGAGCUAUUUUUUAUACCAUGCCAUGCACCAAAUGAAGAAUUAAACAAAAACAUUCAUGACAAAAAUAAAAUAAUUACAUUUUCUUGACAUAUAAAGAAUAUGGUUCUAGUAUUAGUGGUCCGGAUAGUAGACUUCAAUGUGAUGUUUAUGAAAUUCAGUUCCACUUCCACCUCUGGGAACAAACAAACUACUUCACAUGUUUUUAAUUCCAUCCUCUUUAGUGCACACAUGGUUAUGGCUGUCAUGGGACCAUAAGGCUGCAGAUAUAUAUUCAUUUGUCUGAGUUUUUAAUGAAAUCUAUUUGACCAAGUCACACUUUAUUUGAGAGUUAUGUUGUUAAAUAGCC